AUUGAUCUGGUUCAAGGGCAUCCCUCCUACCAUAAUUAUUUGCUUUUGACGAGUAUCACACGAGCCCAGUUUAUACUUCUGCUGACAUAAUCCCGUCCCAUAUAUUUAACCGUGUGCUCUUGUGCUCUUUCUUUCCCUUCCUUUUUCUCUUACCCCAUUCCACCAUCUAUCACCAUGAGCGAUUCCAGAGAUCGCGUAACUCUGUUUCUAGCACGUCUAGAAGCUUCUUCUAUCCUUCUUGUCGAGUGGGAGACGAGCCUUCAGAUACGUUUGGGCUACCCACUCGCGUCAAAUGGAAGCCGAUUUCUCCUCGUCCCUGAUGCUCAACUACAGAAGGUCCAAGACAUCGCCGCUGAGUUAGGCUUCUCGCCGGCGGACGAGGAUACUCUGCGCUCCGCCUACCCAUGCGAGCUGUCAGGUCUGGCGGUCCGCUACCUCAUCGAUGACGCAGCCCACGACGAGGGCCCGCCGCGACGCAGGUUCGUUUUUCUGCCCAUGUCUUGGACGGGGAUUACGCGCGAUGAGCUCGUGCCGAUCACGGUCGACGACGGCCUCUGGCCCACACUACCUAGUUCUGUCUGGACUGUACCGCUCCCGGCUGCGUGCGCUGCCUUCGCACGCAUUGCCGCCCGCGAGAAACACACAAGUCCGAUCCACGACGCGGUCACCGAGCAGCUUUCCAGCGUGAUCGGGUAUAGCCUCUUCGACAUGAGCUACGAGGGAGAUUAUAUGGAGUUCUUGCCCAACGACCAGCCGCUUUCCGAUCAGGAGAAAUUGGAGAUUGAGCACGCCGUGAUGGAAAUCAAGAGUUGGGCGUUCAGGGAGCAUGAAGAGUGGAUCAGGGACGUCUUGAUUGGCAUUUACACUGGGAAGAAAACCUUUUCUGAUCUGUCCAACCAGAAAAGCGCCACGCUAUAGCCGCCCUUCAACGUACCAUGUCAGGCUCCUCAACGGUGGUACUCAUUUUCGUGUCGGCGUUUUCCUACGUCGUAGGUUGCCACGGAUUUCUGGACAUUCAGAUCCCCGUUGCUCCUGCGACGCAACACGAACAACCGAGGCGGCUUAAAAUAACGGCAUUUUAUAGUGGUGCGGCGGGACUAGGCCACGUAGGCCUUUUAAUGAGUAUUUAUUAGGUCUUGUACUUAUAUUUUCAUCGACUAGACUUCAUCCUAUAGACAUUAUACCCAUAGAUAGGAAUUUACUCGUUUUAAUUUA